GGUGGGAAAGGGCACAUCGGAGUGGUCAUAUCAUCCUCCAAGCACUUCACCAACGUCUCGGCCAGUGCUGACCAGGCCCUUGACAGAUUUGCAAUGAAGUUGUUUUAUGAUGACAAAGUUUCGGCUUUAAUGCAGCCUUCCCAGAAAUGGUACGUGCAGUUUCUCAGCGGACUUCUCUCAGGGUCAGUGAAGAUGAAUGCCUCACCCUUGUUCCUGCAUUUCGUCAUCCUGCACCACACCUCUAACUUCGACACUGGAGGAGUGUGCCGGCCCUUUCUGAAGCUCUACCAAGCCAUGCAGCCUGUGUAUACAUCAGGGGUCUACAAUGUUGGUUCAGAAAACCCCAGCAGAAUCUGUAUUGUCAUAGAGCCGGCCCAGCUGCUGAAAGGGGACAUCAUGGUGAAAUGCUACCACAAGAAGUAUCGUUCGGCCACCCGUGAUGUCAUUUUCCACCUUCAGUUUCACACUGGGGCUGUGCAGGGCUACGGACUGGUGUUUGGAAAGGAGGAUUUGGACAGUGCCUGCAAAGAUGACCGUUUUCCAGACUAUGGGAAGAUUGAGUUAGUCUUCUCGGCCACACCUGAGAAGAUCCAAGGCUGUGAGCAUCUGCACAAUGACCACGGAGUGAUUGUGGACUACAACACGGCACACCCAUUGAUCUGCUGGGACUCCUACGAGAACCUGAGUGCAGAUGGAGAAGGUGCGUGCUGUUAGCUCCCGUGUAGUGACUGAGAGGGAGGCGCAGAGAAGACAGCCUGCUCACAGUUAGCUCAGAAAAACUCUGCUGUCUGCUCAGAAGAUGAAAAUCUCCCCAUAUUUCCAGAGACCCAGAAGCCGUGCCUUAUGU